UGUCUUGCACUCCAUCAUCGGCAAUUUGAUUGAGGCAUGUAUCGUCAGUCCGGUGGGGCGUGCCAAAACGCAAACAACCUAUUCGAAGCAAAUAAAUCACAACCACAAGAAAGACGUCUAACAAAAUAUUUCUUUCCCCUGAAAUCAGCAUGGAUUUACGUGGCCGCUUUACUCGCCUUUCACGCCGCUUUGAUCCCCAAGACGUGGGGCUACAGGAACGAUGAUAGGAAAGGACUUUUGAAAAAGAAUUAUUCAGAACUUUUGUACGGGAAUAAUUAUAAUGCAACGUUUGGUGAAGGAUUGGACUAUGAGUUGGAGGAGAGUUUAGAAAGUGACAACGUGUCUUUAGACACUCGGACGAAAUUUAGUGAUAAAUAUUUUAGUAUGGAUUUACAAAGUACCGGGUUUAGUCGUUAUUUAGACAGUGACAGUUCAGAGUUAUUAUUAUACAACCACAGUGAUCAAUCAUCAAGUGUUGAUUCCAAUUCCGAUUCCAGAUCCAAUUUGGUGCAUCCUAUUUCUAGGUCUGAUAGAGAAACAGUGCGUAAAGUGUCUGUGUUAGGUUUAUUUGAACUGAGUACUGCAUAUGGAGAAAGGCCAGAAGGCAACAGUGAAUUGGCAGCGGCUAUGUUGGCUGUCAGACACAUCAACGAGAGGAAACUCCUACCUGGUUACUCGCUCGAACUUCUGACUAAUGAUACAAAGUGUGAUCCCGGCGUCGGUGUCGAUCGCUUUUUCCAUGCAUUGUACACCCAGAAGAGCACUCGAAUGGUGAUGCUGCUGGGAUCAGCCUGCUCUGAAGUGACAGAGAGCCUGGCUAAAGUUGUACCCUAUUGGAAUAUCGUACAGGUGUCGUUCGGUUCAACAUCGCCUGCUUUGAGUGACAGACGAGAGUUCCCUCUGUUUUAUCGCACGGUGGCCCCCGACUCGUCUCACAAUCCUGCCCGCAUCGCCUUCAUAAGGCGCUUCGGAUGGGACACGGUGAGCGCCUUCUCGCAGAACGAAGAGGUGCACGCGCUCGCCGUCAACGACCUGGUCACCGAGCUGGAGAGGUCGAACAUCACCUGCGCCGCCACAAUCACAUUCGCCGAGUCCGAUUUCAAGGACAGACUUAGGCUGCUGAGGGAUUUGGAUACAAGAAUAAUUAUCGGCAGCUUUUCGCACAACGUAGCCCCCAAAAUUUUCUGCGAGGCCUAUCGGCUGGGCAUGUUCGGGGCGGACUACGCAUGGUUAUUGCAGGGUCCGCUCGAAACGAUUUGGUGGAACAAUUCCACCGAAUGUCCGGAUUCCCAUUUGGCGGCGGCCGUUGAAAAACUAAUCAUCGUUUCAUCUCACAACAGCAUCGUUGGCAGUACCACAUCUUAUUCGGGAUUGACAAAUGCAAAGUUCCGAUCAGAGCUCGGGUCUCCUGCCUCGCGAUAUGCCCCUCAAGCCUACGACGCUGUUUGGGCGAUCGCCUUGGCCUUGCGUGCGGCUGAGGAAUCUUGGGCCGCCGAAGAACAGGAUAAUGUUACCAGGGCCAAAUUAGGAUUAAGUGUAUUCGACUAUACUCGUAAGGAUAUGGCUAAGGAGUUUCUUAUGCAAUUGGGGAGAUUGAACUUUAUGGGAGUUUCGGGCCCUGUAUCUUUUAGUGGAGCUGAUAGAGUAGGGACAUCUGCUUUUUAUCAAAUUCAAGGUCCAAUAAAAAAAAACAUCGCCCUCUUCUACCCCGAUGCCGAAGAAUUAGAUUUCUCCUGUCCGGGUUGUGUACCAGUAAAAUGGCACAGCGGGCAAGUGCCAAUAGCCAAAAGGAUUUUCAAACUCCGGGUCGAGACAGUAACUCCGGGGGCUUUCCUUGCUAUAACUUGCCUCGCUUCCAUUGGGAUUACACUGGCGGUCGCAUUUUUAGCUUUCAAUCUGCAUUUCAGGAGACUCAAAUCAAUCAAACUAUCUAGUCCUCGUCUAAGCAAUAUGACAGCAGUUGGCUGCAUUUUAGUGUAUGGAGCAGUCGUUCUUUUAGGCCUAGAUCAUGCAACUCUGCCGACCUCAAAAGUUUUUCCAGCUGUUUGCACGGCUCGUGUCUACCUCCUCUCGGCCGGCUUUUCCUUGGCAUUCGGCUCCAUGUUCACAAAGACAUACCGUGUGCAUAGAAUUUUUACGAGGGCACGUGGAGGCGUCUGCAGAGAUCGCCUGCUGCAGGAUAAACAACUCAUAUCCCUCAUAGGGGCUUUACUUCUUGUCGACGGUCUUGUUGUCACUUUAUGGGUCACCGUGGACCCCAUGGAAAGGCAUCUUAGGAAUCUGACACUGGAAAUAAGCGCGGAGGAUCGAAGUGUCGUGUAUCAGCCUCAGGUGGAGGUCUGUCGAUCUCUGCACACGCACAGUUGGCUCGGCGCCCUGUACGCUUACAAGGGCCUCCUCCUCCUCGUGGGCGUUUACAUGGCUUGGGAGACGCGGCACGUGAAAAUCCCGGCUCUGAACGACUCUCAAUACAUAGGAAUAUCAGUCUACAGUGUCGUAAUAACUAGCUGUAUAGUUGUAGUUCUAGCCAACCUCAUCUCCGAACGUGUCACUUUAGCUUUCGUCACAAUAUCAACACUGAUAUUGUUCUCAACGACGGCCACUUUAUGUUUACUUUUCGUACCAAAAUUAAACUCGAUCAUGAACCAAGAAGAACAAGCCGAUCCUGUGGUUCAUAGCAUGGGGUUGAAAAUUGAAUGCAAUACGAGGAGAUUUGUUACAGAUGAUAAGAGAGAAUUACAGUACAGAGUUGAGGUGCAAAACAGGGUUUACAGGAGGGAAAUGGCAGCGCUGGAUGCAGAAAUUAGUAAGUUGGAGAAAAUGUUGUCGGAAUCUUUACAUUCGAGUAGGUCGACGUCUACCGCCAGCAUUAAUGCGAAACAUAACCCCAGCAUAGGUGGUGGUUUACCAAUGCUCUUACUAUCAGUACUACCUCCGGUGAUUCCAAGGGCUAGCUGGCCAUCUGCUCAACCUGGACCGCCCUCCAUCAGACGGAGCGUUUGUUUCAGCUCUCAGCCGGGACUGGACGAUGCUGGCAUCGAUUUGAUCAGGGCUUGCUGGGCUGGUGGACCAUCAGCUUUGGGCGGAGAAAAACGAGGAUUUCUGGACAAAAUUCGGGGAUUGUUCGGCGUGAGUCGACCAGUUAGUAGGAAAACUUCUGGAGCUUCGCUAGCUGGUAACAGCACUGGAAUAGCGUCUGCUCUCAAAAUUCACAUGGGGGUGCUAGCUGGCCUAGUACCAGGAGCUGGUUCGAAGGCACAAUUUGCUUCGUGCAAUACUUUAGACACUGGUCAUCAUUUGCUGCAAGUUCAACGACGCCCUUCCUUUGCUAAAAGUGGUCCGACAAUCAAUAUUCUGCCUGAUGACGAACAAACAAACGGAAGAAUUUUUCCGCUGGUGUUUUCAAUAACUAAUAUGUCAGAAAAUGAUAAAAGUACAGAGAUUGUAACAUCAGCAACCUUGCACACUGAAGUUUCAAAAGAGGAUAUCAAACAUCGGGAUUCCCUAGAUCCAAAUACUACUUCUUAUUCAUCCGUAGUUACAAAUAAAAUAUCAACAACCAUUAGUAUGUCGGAGUUGGGCGCCGAAGCUCGAGCCAUCGGCUUGAGGCAAGGAAGCAGGCCUCGCUGCAGGUCGAUGGAAGACGCCAGCCUGACGCUGCCCGGGUCCAGGCGGGGUUCCGGACUGUUAGCCGUUUCCUGGAUACCAUCUGAUCUAAAGCAAACUAGACCUGUCGCAUUUGCUUCCAGCGGUGAUGUUUGGGCCGAUGCUGGAAUUCCUCUAAGUGAAUUAGAAAAUCAUCAAAAUCGAAGAAAAUCAAGGACAAAUAAUGACCAUGCCAAUUGUGAAAAAAGAUUUUCAUAGAUUUUAUAUUAAGUUAUAUACGUC